AUGGCCACUGUAUUGACACAAAUGAGCAUCCUCACCAAAAAGGUUGAUGAAUCAGGACAGAAGCAGCAGACCUGCAGUGUUGUUGUGAUGUUACCCAUAGUUGAGAAGUUGUCUAACCUAGGUAGUUUCACAAUCCCUUGCACCAUAGGCAACUUUGCAUUUGCUAAGGCACUGUGUGAUCUAGGAGCAAGCAUAAACCUUAUGCCCCUGGCUAUCUACAAAAGGCUAGGCAUUGGAAGAGUUAGACCCACGUCUAUGUUACUACAGCUAGCUGACCGAACAGUGAAGAGGCCCUCUAGGAUUCUAGAUGAUGUAUUGGUACAAGUUGGGAAGUUUGUAUUUCCAGCAUAUUUUGUCAUCCUUGACUGUCGGAUUGACGAGGAAAUCCCCAUAAUUUUGGGAAGACCAUUCUUGGCCACUAGGAGAGCUUUAAUUGAUUGUGAAACUGGAGAGCUCAAGAUGAGAUUAAACAAUGAAUAG